AUGGACGGCCAAGUCGUGGAACUUACAGAGGCCGAACAAGCGCAACACCAACUGCAGAUGGAGCAGCAACUUAAGUCGUUUUGGGCAAAACAGCUGUUGGAAAUGGAACAAUUGGAAGUCGGGAGUGAACAAGACUUUAAGAACCAUAAUGACCUGCCAUUGGCACGUAUCAAGCGUAUCAUGAAAUCCGACGAGGAUGUGCGUAUGAUUAGUGCAGAAGCACCAGUACUGUUUGCCAAGGCCUGUGAGAUGUUUAUUUUAGAGCUCACAUUGCGCUCGUGGGGCUACUCGGAAAAGAAUAAACGGCGAACGUUGCAAAAAGAGGACAUCCAGACGGCGAUUCGAAACACGGACAUUUUUGACUUCCUCGUGGAUGUGAUUAAUUAG